UAUUUUACCAGGUUAAACGAGGAUUAUUAUAGAACAAGAUGAGUUCUUUAGAGGAACAUCUUAAGACUUGGAAUGCGGUUGACUCUAACCUUAUGAGUGGAUUAUUAGCCAAAGUCAGCAACACUUUGGAAUGCGCCAUCUGUUCGGAAAUGAUGCAUGUACCCUUUUUGACCAGUUGUGGACAUUCCUUCUGUUACAAAUGCUUGAGUAUGUGGUUUGGGAACCGAUUGAAUUGUCCCACGUGCCGGAAGGACAUGGAACACCCGCCAACUUUGAACGUACAACUUCGUACCAUCAGUUGGAACGUCAGUGAAUUGUUGAUUGACGUUGGUGGUGACGAGGGUAAGGCGCUUAAGGAGGCACGAGAAGAGGCUGACGCCGAGUACAGACAAGAAAUACGUGCACUUUUCGGGAAUGCAUUCACAGCCACUGCCUUGACGGUCAUUGAUAAUUCCGAUGGAGUGCCGAGAUGUGGCAAUUGUCAUUGGGAAGCACAUGGAAGUGUUUGUUUGCAUUGUGGUACUAGGUUCCGAGUACCUCGUGACGACGAUUAUUAUGACUCCGAUAACGGUGAGGCAUAUGAUGAGGAUGAACAAGAGCAUGAAGAGUUGGACUUUUAUGAUUCUGAUGACAGUUUUAUUGAUCGUAGAGCCAUCAUAGAAAAUGGGAUCCUUUCCUCUGAUGAGAGUGAAGGUGAAUGGCAAGGGUUCUCGACCGAGCCCGUGUAUGUAGACGACGAGGCCGACGAAGAUGAACGUGCUAAUAGAGAGGAGAACGAAGACCACGAUGUGGUUGACGUUGACUCGGACGCUAGUAGCGAUCUACAGGAGGUUGAAGACCUUGACCAGGCGUUGGACCGGUUUAAUAAUGACAUUGGAGAUGAUGACGACGAGGACGAGGACAUGCAUGACUACUCCAUAGAUGAGGUUCUGGUUGGACGGAGAAGAAGAGGUGGUGGGAGAAGGACAAUUGGAAUGGAUGAAGAGGAUGAGGAUGACGAGUAGGUGUCCAUAGGAGACAGUAAGCCACAUCACCAGGUCUCCUGCUUGAGGAGGGCUACUUGCAUUCCUCGUUAGAGGAACAGGAGCCUCCACGGCUAGUGGCCCACGCUGUGCCAGCGGAGCGGCUAGUAGACCCCGUAGGGACAAUAAGACGCUCCGCUGGCCCCUGCUCGGGGAGAGCCACUGCGUGGGGCCUGGCUCCUCUACGAGGAGAUUCUUUGUCACCAGGCUUACUUCAGUAGAGGAACUGGGGCUACCACGGCUAGGGAAUGUACAGGGAAGUUGUACUGACUUCUCCUCGGGACAUUAUGAUACUUCAUGAGGGUGGGGUCCACCUACUUGGUGGUGACCCACAGAGUGAUUCGGAGCGCCCAUAUACCACCAUACAGUGAUACAACUCAUAGUUACAGCAAGUACUCCCCUGACUCCUUAGAUACUCACAUGUCUCUCCGGA